AUGCACAAAUUAGAUGGAGCUGAUGAUGAGCCAGUAAUUAAAUACGAACAUUGUGAUGAUGUUUAUGAAGUGGAAUUGAAUAACGAGAAUAUACAAACCAUGAAUCCAAAUUACUACGACAAUCAAUUACAACAUUCCUCCGGUCAACACCAGUCUUCCCACCAACAGUCGGGCCAUCCUCAGCAACAUACAACGACGACAAUGACAGCUGCAAUGAAAAGGACAUUUGAUCAAAUGCAACAACAAAACGUAGCAGGGAAUUCACAAAGUGGAAAUUAUAAUCCCACAAACAACAACAGCAAUAUGGUUAGUCCGUAUUUUACCACACAUUUUACAUAUGGAGGAGGAAGUAGUAGAAGUGGGGGCGGUGGUAUGGCAUCAAAUGUUCCUCCGGAUUAUGAUGUGUUUAAUCAUCAAUUAAAUUCCCGUAAGGAUCAGCUUUAUGGUACGAAUGCCUCAUCAGAGGGAAAACCUAUGAAGAAAUAUAAACGUGGUGAAUCAAGCAUAUUGUUUAGUCCACCAUUCUUUAAAUUGUUGGAUGGUUUCACCUCGCCCAAUCAUAAAGAUGCCAUUGCUGCCCGCUGUUAUGCCUGUGGCAAGGUUGUUCGUGGCAACAAAAGUAUAUCUUCCAAUUUUAUUAAGCACAUGAAACGUGGACAUCCUGAGAUCAAUAAAAUCUAUGACAGCUAUAAAAUGUAUCGCAUUAAGACUGGUGUUCUGCCGCAUAUAAGUCAAAUAAUUGCUGGCUACAAAAUGGAGAGUGCGAAAUAUGAUAAAGAUGAUAGCUCGGGUAUUGUUUGUGACUCCAAUGAUGAUGAAAAUGGUUCACAGUAUAUAGAUGCUUCUGUUGUUUUGGAUUCAUCGGAAAUGGGAGAUGGAGAAAAUGAAGCCGAGCCUGAUGCAGAUGACGAUAAUAAAAAUUCUGAACAUUCCGAUAAUGAUGAUGAUUUUACAAAUCCCCAAACUACAGAGGUUAAUUCAGAGGGUAAUUCCGAAAAUAUUAACUCUAGCAGAGAAAAACAAAAUGAAAUUCCUAAGAAUUUAGCGGAGAUUAUUAACAAAAUUGUAGAAGAAAAACUAAAAGAUUUUGUAAGACAAGCGGAUAUUGAAAAAAUGCAAAAUAGUUCCUCCUCCGAGUCCAUGGCAAUUUUGGAAUUAAAACAAGAAGUGGAAAAUUUGAGAAAGGAAUGUUCCACAUUACGGCAUGCGGUACAACAAUCUCAGGCUAGUAAACGUCAAUUACAAAACGAACUACAAAGUGUGGACAAAUUGUUGCAUCAACGGAAAUUAAUUAUUCGCAACUUAAAGUUGCACGAUGAACAACUGCCACAGCAAUCUGUGGAAAAGUUUCUGACCCAAAAACUUGGCCUAAACGAUAUCAAUAUUGUCAAUUGUACGAUAAUACCGUCAACCAAACCGUCAUUGGAUACAAAGAAAAAAUGUCUUUGUAUUGAAUUACAAAAUCAUUUAGAUGCAAAAAAUAUUCUUCGUCAAAUUCCCAAAUUGAAAGACACCGGCAUAUUCAUAGAACCGGAAAUUUCACCAUUACAGCGCAAACGUAAAGAUAAAUUAAUGAUAAUACGUAAAGAGUUGUUACGUCGAAAAGCCGAUCUGAAGGUAAUGGUGCGCAAUACAACAUUGGUGGUGGAGGGUCAACAAUUUUAUUGGGAUGAUGUAGAAGGUCUGUGCCAUGAUGCCAACAAAGAGGCUUUAGAAUUGAAUGCCGUCGAAUACCUAAAGAAAUUAACAACACUCGAUUUAAAGGAAUUCCUAGACAUUCUUCAAAACUACGAUGUACAAGUUAGAUAAG